AUGGAGAUUGAAUACUCUUCACCAGCAGCAUCGACUUCUGUCGACAAUCUGUUGAAUACACCCAUUAAGAAGAUCCAGAACUUAACCAUACAUUCACCUUUAUCCAGUCUUAAGUUCACGUCACAAUACUCAAAAUCACCUUCAGGUCUUUACCCUAAUCUUCAAGAUAUGUUUGAUGCGAAAUCCAUCAACGAUAAGGAAAAUGCAUAUCCAAAGAACGACAUUUCCUCAAAGCUUCAUUCCGAACAAUCUGAUAUCAAAUCCGCCAUGAUAGAUAAAGGGUAUUCUCAAAAGAUCACCAAUGCAGUUCUUGAUGAACUUACCAUGAGGUCUUCUGAAAUUUCCCAAUUGAUAAACUCGAAAUCUUCUGUCACAGGAAUGGCAGGGACUUCAAGUAUUACAGCAUCCCAAGAAGAAAAGGAAAAACGAAGGAAACGGUUCAGUUUGGUCCAUAAAUCUAGAUUCAAUAGAAUGGAGUCGAUUUCCAAUCAUUAUUCCCUCCCUAGAAUUAUCAGUAAUAAAAGUUUAGAUAUAAAGCCUGAUGAUCCUGCUAAUCCUAGUUUCUACCGAAGUACUCAAGAGAGUUACAACUUCGACAUUGAUGAUGAUGAAGAUCAGGACAUGGCUAAUAAACGGUUAUCAACCACCACAAUAGGAAGUGUAAGCAAAAGAAGAAGGACAUUGAAUGGACCAGAAGAAGUUUUACCUGAACUAACCACUCAAACUCAAAGUACUCAUAGUACAAACCGUAUUUCACCUUUGAAAAGCACCAUGUCGUCCAAUAUUCCAUCGUCUCCAUUCAAGAAUGCCCAUUCUUCUGUUGUCCAAUCACCUUUCUCCUUUUCAGCCAAUCUGUCUCCUUUUAAAAGUAACAUUCCUACUUUAGCAUCGAGUUCUCCCUCCAAGGGAAUUAGUCCAUCCAAAAAAUCAUACAAUUUAAACCUGUUACUUCAAGACGCACCCCAACUAUCUCAUAAUCAACAGCAGCAGCAGCAUGAUUCCUUUGCUCGACCUCAGAAGCCACCUCAAGCCAUUGAUUCCACCAAUCACAAGUUUCUUAAACCACAUCCACCCUCAUUAAAAAAUAGACCUUCAUCUUUAGAAUUGGCAGGAGUAAAACCUAAUGCAUCUCGAAAGCCAUCGCUUAACAAUCUCAAAGAGGGGCCGUCUUUAUCCCAUAAAUCCUCAAAGUCUAGUCUUAUUCCUAGAAUGCCAUCUAAUUCGAACUUACAGAAAAAACCACUGAACGUCAGCUUAUCAAAGACUUCAUCAAUCCCUCAUCUACAAAAAAAGCCAAGCUCUACCUUCAACAAGCCACAGCCCACCACUGGUGAUUACCAUAAUUUGAAUCAGAGACCACCAGAACUUGCAUCUCCUGUUCGUUCUACGUCUUUGCAUUCGUUAUCUUCUUCCCACAAAAGUGUCACCAAGCCCCAGCCAUUUUCAUUCUACAACAAGCCUACCAUUUCUUCGUCUCAAAAAUCUUUAAACGGAAACCAAUAUCCCCUGUCACAAAGCUCAUUUACAAGCUCAAAGUCAAUGCAUUCGUUGACUACUUCUAAUAAUAAUAAUAAUAAUAAUAAGAUACCCACGAACAUUCCUGAUAAAUCAGCAUCAUUAUCACAACGAUCACUUUACAAAUACCAACAAUUCAAAAAAAGAUUCCAUUAA